AUGGCGAGUGAGGGUGGCCACACCAACGACGCAACCGCUCGGCGCCGAAGAAUCGCUGAGAAGGGAUCUGACCGUUUGGCUCUAAUCACUGGCGGCCGGGCCCCGAACCCUCCUCCUACAUCUGCAGAAGCUUCGUCCCUACACUCUUCUAAUGCCUCUCUUACCGACGAAAACAUGUCUGAAAUUGGAGGAAGCAAGGUUCAACCGGUUUCACGCAAAUCCGAAUCAACUAAAAUUGAAGCUCCUAGUGAGAACCGAUCAUGUCCCCCGAAAUCAAAACAUGAUUCAAGUUCGAAAAUGAAAAUCUAUCUGUACAAAACUGUGAGCCCAAGUCAGUUACAACCCGCCAUUUUAGCCUCACAGGAUACGCGACGCAAGUGUUCCUUUUUCGCUGGAAUCGUUGCAUUGCUAUCAUAUCUCGGGUUCCCUAUUCUAGGCAGCUACAUUAUAAGAAGCAUCAUACUAUCCAGGCCACUUGUUCUACUUUUAUUCAUCAAUGUCAGCAUUACUGUUGGACCUCUUCUUUUGGAUGCUAUGAUGUUGAUCCAGAAAGAGCUAAACAACCCAAGGGAGGAGGCGGAUUUGCCAGAUAAUAUGGGUUCGCCGUUCGAGUGGGGUAUGUUGUUCAAAGCCGGUUUAAGUGCUUUGUUCAUGGAUUCGUGCAUCUAUUCUGUUGUCGUCAUUUGUGCUACGUCGUUGUUCCAGAAAUUCGGGUUGUAG